AUGUCAAUUACUGUAGAAAUAAAGCUUCGCCGAGCGAACAAAGUUUACUAUGAAGGGGAAACAGUUUCGGGAGUGGUUCAGAUCGUCUGUGGAUCGGAAACGAAACAUGACGGUAUAACGCUCGCACUGGAAGGUUCGGUGAACCUUCAGAUCAGCAAUAAGAAUGUGGGCAUCUUUGAGGCAUUGUACAACAGUGUCAAACCGAUUACUUUGCUGAAUCAGCACUGUGAUCUCGCUCCGUCCGGCAAGCUGCCCAUCGGACCGAGCGAAUUCCCUUUCGAAUUUCCUCUCAUUUGUCCGAAAGAGCCGAAAACGCUGUACGAAACGUAUCACGGUGUGUUCGUAAACAUAACGUACAUGCUACGUUGCGACAUUAAGCGAAGUUUUCUGGCGAAAAGUGUCCAGAAAACGCAACAGUUCAUCAUACAGUACCGGCCGGUAGUGGAACGUCCAGCGAAGGAGGUACAAUUCUCGAUCAGUCCCGAUACGCUGCAGAAAACGGCAAAGGAACGGAUCUCUAUUCCACGGUUUUUGAUUUCCGGUACGCUCGAUUCGACCGACUGUUGUGUGACGAAACCAUUCACCGGAAGCGUUACGGUGCAUCAUACGGAGGUGGCCAUCAAGUCGAUCGAAAUACAGCUGGUGCGGGUGGAAACGUGCGGUUGUGCCGAGGGUUAUUCACGUGACGCAACCGAGAUCCAGAACAUCCAGAUUGCGGACGGCAAUGUGUGCCCAAAGGUAGCGAUACCGAUCUACAUGACGCUGCCAAGGCUGUUCACCUGUCCCACGUUGAUUACAAAGAAUUUUAAAGUUGAAUUUGAGGUGAAUCUCGUAAUAAUCUUUGGUGACGAUUAUUUGGUGACGGAAAACUUUCAAAUACUACUGGACAGAACGGCGUAA